AUGAAGACCACUACUAUGCUUACCACCCUUGCCGUUGUCCUCGGCGCCACUACCGACGGCGUUGCUGCCACCUGCUAUCGCAGCGGCGAUGUGUUUCAAGACAAGGGCAACGCCAGAUGGCACGUCGGAAGAGCUUGCCGCGGCUACGACGGCAACCAGGGCGCUUUCCAGGGCACAUUUGCACGCGGAGAGGCCAAGUACGCCUGCGUCCAAGGCACCAACACUCAAAAGUACGAAAUCACGGUUCAAAACUUGAACACUGACGCCGCAUUCGAUCUCGGCGAUGCCGACUGCGUUCUCCGUCUUGAGAACGAAAUCAAUGGCUGUGAUCGUGGUGGCGAGUCUGUUGUCGCUGGUUGGAGAUUCCGUGUCGAUCCUAACAACGGUAUCUGCUAG